AUGGAGGGAGCGCUCACAGCCCGGGACCGUGUGGGGAUACAGGACUUUGUUCUUCUCGACGAAACGACAGAGGAGGCCUUCAUGAAUAACCUCAAAAAGCGCUUUGGCAACGACCUUAUCUAUACUUACAUUGGCACAUUGUUAGUAUCUCUAAAUCCGUACAAAGAGCUGGACAUUUACAACAGAAAACAAAUGGAUGUCUACAUGGGAGUAAACUUUUUUGAACUACCUCCACACAUCUAUGCCUUGGCCGAUAAUGCCUAUCACACAAUGCUGACAGAAUACAACAAUCACUUUAUUCUUAUCUCUGGAGAGAGUGGAGCAGGGAAGACCGAAGCCUCUAAGAAAAUCCUGCAGUACUAUGCAGUGAGCUGCCCGAGCACCACUCUGCUCAACACCGUUAGAGACAAGAUGCUCAUGUCCAACCCUGUGCUGGAGGCCUUUGGCAAUGCCAAAACGCUCAAAAAUGACAAUUCAAGUCGCUUUGGGAAAUACAUGGACAUCCAGUUUGAUAGCCAAGGGGAUGCAGUAGGAGGUCAUAUCCUGAAUUACCUUCUUGAGAAAUCGCGAGUUGUCCACCAGAAUCAUGGAGAGAGGAACUUUCACAUUUUCUACCAACUUGUGGAGGGGGCAGGGGAUGACCAGCUGCAGCGGCUUGGACUGGAGAGGGACUGUCAGCUCUACAAUUAUCUCACUCAAGGAGAAUGUGCCAUCGUUCCUUCUAUAAAUGAUAAAAAUGACUGGAAGACAGUCAAAAACGCUUUACAAGUGAUCAACAUAGAUGACAGUUACAAUAAUCAUUUAUUUUCUAUUGUCGCAAGCGUUCUCCAUCUUGGGAAUGUGAAGUUUACCUCUGACCUCAAAGGUCUUGCCACCCUUAAUAGCGGCAAUGAAGAGCUGCGAUGGGUGUCAAAUCUUUUAGGAGUCGAUGCUCAAAAACUCCAUGAAGGAUUCACGUUCAGAAAGAUUGAAGCCAAGAAUGAUCAGAUUCUAAGUCCGUUCACAAUCGAUCAUGCCAUCUAUGCCAGGGAUGCCUUGGCCAAAGCCAUUUAUGGAAAAACCUUCACAUGGCUGGUCAACAGGAUCAAUGAGUCCAUGGAGAACACAGAUGAAGAGUGCCUUAGGCCUGGCGAUGCUACUGAUCUUACUUUUCUUGAGCGACUGGAGGAUAAAAUGGCAAAUCAUCCCCAUUUUGUUACACACAAACUGGCAGAUAAGAUGACCCGCAAAACUCUGGAGAGAGGGGAUUUUCGUCUUUUGCAUUAUGCCGGAGAGGUCACCUACUGCGUUGUGGGAUUCUUGGACAAAAACAAUGAUCUCCUUUACCGCAACAUUAAAGAUCUUUUAUGUCAGUCUAAAAACGCUAUAAUCCAGGAGUGCUUCUCGACUUCAGAUCCAGACAACAGGAGAAGGCCUGAAACAGUGGCGACGCAGUUCAAGAGCAGCCUGCUGAAGCUGACGGAGAUCCUCAUGGCCAAAGAAGCAUGGUACAUACGCUGCUUGAAAUCAAAUGAGUCUAAGCAAAAAGGGCAGUUUGAUGAAGCUCUUAUCCGACACCAGGUGAAAUACUUGGGUCUCAUGGAGCACCUCAGAGUCAGACGUGCUGGUUUCGCUUACAGACGCAAAUAUGAUGUUUUUCUGCAAAGGUACAAACCUCUGUGUCCAGCCACUUGGCCCCAUUGGAGAGGGGACCCCGCUGAUGGAGUGGAGGUGCUUGUUCAGCAUCUGGGAUAUUUGCCAAAUGAAUACAAAAUGGGGAGAACUAAAAUCUUUAUUCGUCACCCAAGAACAUUGUAUGCAACAGAAGAUGCAUUUGAGAAGUGUAAACACGAACUAGCCUCAAAGCUGCAGGCCAAAUAUAAAGGUUACAAAGCAAAGGGAGAGUUUCGAAAACAGAAAGAGGCUGCAACAAAGAUUGAAACGUGUUGGAGAGGAGCUCAGGCUCGAAAAGAGAGGAAGAAAAGAGCCUGGGCAGUCAAAGUCAUCAAACAGUUUAUCAAAGGAUACAUGACCAGAGGCCAAGCAAAAACCACAGACAACUCAGAGUAUCUAGCUUUCGUAAGACAAAACUUUUUAAACAGACUUAAAGAAAAUCUUCCAAAAACUGUUUUGGAUAAGACAUCAUGGUACCCUCCGCCACCUGUGUGUUCAGAGCCAUCAGAAAUGCUGAAGAAACUGCACUAUCGCCUCUUGGUGAGGAAAUAUGUCAGAGGCAUCACACCACAGAGAAAAGCGCAGCUUCAAGUAAAAUAUGUGGCUAGUACACUCUUUAAGGGCAAAAAGGAGUGUUAUCCUCAGAGUGUUGCACAACCUUUUAUGGACACCAGAAUCAAUGAACAAGAUAUAAACCCAAGAGUCAUUCAAAUAAUUCGCAAUGAGCACAUUAAGUAUAGUGUACCAGUGAUCAAAUAUGACAGAAACGGAUUCAAACCACGGCCCAGGCAGCUGAUCCUCACACAGACUGCUGCAUAUGUAGUAGAGGAAGCCAAGAUUAAACAAAGGGUUCUUUACACUUCUCUUAAAGGGAUAUCAGUGAGCAGUUUGACAGAUGGCAUUGUGGUGUUUCAUAUAACUUGUGAAGACCCCAAACAGAAGGGUGAUCUUGUCAUGCAGUGUGACCACUUGUUUGAAUUUUUGACAAAGAUCAGCAUUAUUGCUAAUAAACAAAAUGCUAUUAAAGUUGUUCAAGGAAGUAUCAAAAUCGAAGUCCAAGCAGGAAAAGAGAGUGGUGUGGACUUCAGCAUUGGACAAGAGCCCAUGGUUUAUAAGGGCAAGAAUGGCCACCUCAUGGUGGUUACCACACGGAGCAGGACACGGUAA